AUGGCCGCCAGACCUGCCCUCUUCACCCGUGGCCUGUCGGGGCUUUCCCAGAGCACAACCGACCCCAACUCGCCCAGUGUCAGCUCCCCGGCCGACCAGCGUGACGAUGCAAAGCGCAACUUCCUCAAGGCCAUGCGCCCUCUGCCCACACAACAUUACUGGAAUGUCUACUUUGACAAAUCUUGCGCAACCCCACCCCCACCACCCCUGAAGCUUUCAAGACUAACGCCCAAUACUCAUUACUCCAGACAAGCAAAGGACCAGCAAAAGUCGGGCAACGAUGAGGAGUACAAGGUGCAGCUGGAACAGCUUGGUUCGCAGAUAGAAUCCGUCCAGGACUUUUGGAAGUACAACAACAACACACCCGUCGAUCAGAUCAAGAUGCGCGAGUCCAUAUACCUCUUCAAGCAGGGCUUCAAGCCCAUCUGGGAGGACCGCCGCAACAUCAACGGCGGCGCCUGGACCUUCCGUGUGCCCAAGAACAUUGGUCCCGAUGUGUGGACUCGCGUUCAGCUUCUUGCCAUUGGCGAGAAGCUGCAGAGCGUACUAGACGACAACGACCAGAUUUGCGGUGUUGGUCUGUCCGUCCGCUUCAACUCCCACCUCAUCUCCAUCUGGCACCGCGACGGCUCCAAGCAGAAAUCCGUCGAUGCUAUCCUGGAAUGCGUACUCGAAGAGCUCCCCGCCGAGCUGCGCCCCAAGGCCGAUAACUACUUCUACAAGCGUCACCAGGACCAUGCCGGCUUCAAGGCACCUCCCGAGCUCCAAGUCGUUAUCGACUCACAAAAGGCGGCCGCUGACAAGGCCAAGGCUGCGGCCGGAGGUGCGCCGGCUUAG